AUGCCCGUGCUCGUCUCUCUCCGUCAAUCCCCGACCUAUCUCUACCUCAAGGUGUACCUCAUCUGCUCACUGGUAUCCCUCUUCCAGGCCGCGCCGGUAUCCUCGCGUCUCGCUGCCGCCAGGCCCGCCCGUCUGCUCGCUCCUCGCGGCACCCGGAUCGUCAACGCCCGUGAUGCCACACCUCGACCGUCGCCGGCGCCGGCUUCGCGCGUCCGCCUGCUCCUAGAACGGUGGCGACAGCGUGCCCACGAUAUGGCCGAGAUCAACCAACUCAUGAAGCGCGACGAACAUGACCUCCGCACCUAUCCCGAGCUCGAGUGGGACGCCGCCGUCCGACGGUCCGCGCGCCUCCAUCCGCAUGAGACUAUAUUCAUCGCACGACGAAGCCAUCGCAUGUCUUCCGAGGGUACCGACGACCUCCACCGCUUCCUCGGACUGCCCGCCGGCGAGCGCGUGCACCCCGCCGACGUGCCCCUCGUCGCUCUCGGGGGCAGCGGCGGAGGCUAUCGCGCCAUGUACGGCUUCGCAGGCUUCCUCGCCUCGGCCAAGCAGACCGGCCUCUGGAACUGCCUCACCUGGACUGCAGGCGUCAGCGGAAGCUGCUGGACCCUCGCUGCCUACUACACCAUCGCCUAUCACGAUGCCGCCAGCCUCAUCCGACACUACCUAGCCACCGCAAAAGAGGUGUCGCAUCCCAUGAGCGUCGAGGCGCUCGACACCGUCGCGAGGAGCAGCAAGGGCGUCUACUUCCUCCUGGCCCCUCUACUGCGCAAGGCACAGGGCGGUCGCGUUGGCUUGGGCAUCAUGGACCUCUAUGCCACCCUCACCACCAGCUACCAGUUUCUCUCGCGCGAACCGCGCGCCAGGCUCAGCCGCGCCACCUUUCAGCUCUCCAAGAUCUGGCAGCGCUCCGGCCUCGAUCGCGCACUCGAGCCCAUGCCGCUGUUCACGGCGGUGCGGGUUGCGCCUCAUGACUCGCCUGGCGUUCGGCCCCACACCGACUCGUCGAUGAGCAAAGGCCAGCCGCCAAAGCGCGCCCUGGCCCAGCAUCAGACUUCGACCGCGUCAGCCAUCAUCGAGAGAGGGCAGGACAACGUCCGUCAGAGCCCGAUCGGCGCGGCCGAAGCCACCGACGUGCUGGCGCUAGCCGAUCCUCGCGGGUUCUAUCAGUGGUUUGAGGUCUCGCCCCUCGAAGUCGGCAGCUCGGACGUCCAGGCCUUCAUCCCGACUUGGGCCUGGGGCAGGGCCUUUGUGUCCGGCCGAUCGCUCCACCGCAUGCCGGAGCAUUCGAUGUCGCUGAUCCUCGGGCAGUGCACCAGCGCGCCCGCGGGUCCCCUGACCGGCUAUGUAGCGGCGCUGCUCGCCUCGCUGCCCAAGGGCACCGUCAUGAGCCGCCUCCUGAUGCUUCUGAACAACUUUAUCCGCCUCAAGCGCUGGGAGCGGCGUUGGGGUAACCCCAUCCGCGCCGGCGAUGAGCCCAACCCAUUCUACGGGCUCAACACACGGCCAGAAAGUGUGGCAGGAGCCGACCGAGGGCGAGCAUCGGACGGAGCGCGCUCUGCCGUUGUCGGUAUCGGCAUCGACAUCCUGCACCUGCCCCGGCUGCAGCAGCUGGUGGCUCGGCAGGUUUCGCGCAGUUCGAAAGGUGCAGAGACGGGUGAAGAUGCUCGACUGGCCGCGCUCGACAGGCUGGCUCGGCGCGUCCUAUGCCGAUCGGAGCUGCUAGGAUGGCAAGCGUUGCGAGAUCAACUGGGCGCUGACACCACGUCGGACCAAGCCCAUGACAGCCUGUUCCGCUUCUUGGCGGUGCGGUGGAGCGCCAAGGAGGCCGCCUACAAGGCCCUCUACCCCAUCCACGUGGUGUCGUGGAAGGAUCUCUGCGUCGAGAAGCCUCUGUCCGCCGCCGUCUCGGCGACCGUCUCGCUUUCGGACGAGCCGCUGGACCUCGCAGCCAAGGAGUCGGCGGGCGCCCGCAGCAAGAAGCCGCAGCUGCGCAUGUCGGACGAGUGGCUGACAGCUCGUCGCAGCAGCGUCGACGGCGGGGGGGCGCCUGCGCUCCAUCUCGCCGUGUCUCACGACGGCGACUACGUGGUCGCAAACGUCUUGGCGCUGAGGGACGCCGAGUCACGGAUCAGCGCGCACGAGUGGGAGCAGACCCGCCUUCCGCCACUGCCGAGCUCCGACGACGUUCGAACCUCGACGGCGUCUCUAGCGGCCCUUGACCUUGCCUCGCGCCACGGCGACCGGGCAGAUGCCCUUCCCGAUCCGGAUCCACACGGUGACGCCACGUUCGACAGAGGGCGGGACGAGGCGAGUGCCCCGCAAGCGGCGUGGGAGACAUCCUCGCGGAUCCGGCUGAUGGACAGCGGCAUGUCCAACAACCUGCCCAACCACGUCCUGGCGCGCGAGGAGCGCGGCGCCGACGUCAUCAUCGCCUUUGACGCCUCGUCAGACGUGCAGAAGGGAUCGGCGCUGCAGCGUAUCCGCAACUUUGCAGACGACUGCGCCAUCCGCCUUGCCAUCCGGCCCCAAGUCCCCGGCGGUCGUGAUGGAGAGGGCCAAUCCUUGGGCGAGGAUACAAGCGCGCACGAGAUCGAGAGGCGGUUCAGGGGCAAGUACGCUCAGCGGAUCGAUGGAUGGCGACACAGGGACGGUGGAGGUGCUGCAUCGACUGGGCAACCUGGCAUCGAGACCGAGACGACACCACCCACAUCGCCGCCGGACAUCCGCUUCGUCUACUGCCCCUUGCUGCCCAACUCGGCCCAGCCAGACUUUGACCCGUCCACGGCAUCUUUCUCCAAUUCCUACAACCUCGUCUGGACACCGGAGCAGGUCGAGACCCUCAUCCGCACCUCUUCGGCCAACCUGGAGCGACAUGCCAUCCACACGAUCCGAGAGGCGAUCAGGGAGGCGUAUGAAGCCAAAAAGGCGAGGCGGCUCGCCGGCGCCCGGCGGGGCGAAGGCGAGUGA